AGACCCGAUAGAGACUUAUUGACGAGUUGAUGUGGAGUAGGUCUAGCCGUCUAGGCAAACAUUCAAAAUUAUUACAAACGAGUCAUCUCACCGAGCUGGCUUGACUCAAUAUGGGCUCGGUUUUUCCAGUUCGAACUGAAGUUUACAAGCUUGGCCUGCUUGACUCGAGAUGUUUUGAGCUCGAUCUUAAGUUGAUGUUUAUUCAGUUAAGCUCGCUCGUUAAACAACCCUAUAUCCUACCUUAGAGCCCAAAUAGUUUUCAUUGGUAAGAUUUGUACAUAAGACUGAAUUUGUUUAUUUAUUCUUUUAAAUAAUAAUAUAUUUUCCUUUUGAGGCAAUGAAAUACCAACCAUGUUCAUCUAAAGACAGAUAUGUACGACAUGUACCUAUGAACUCUUUUGGAUGUAGACAAGACAUUUGCUUUGAAUCCCCAUUUAUUAUUUCAAUUAAUUAGGGGUACACUUCUAAUAAUGACACACUUAUGGAAUUUGAUAUGAAAGAGCAAAGCAGGGUCCUAGUUUGUUAAAAGGGUAUUUGGUAACAACAUGGAAAAUACAUUAGCAUUGAAUAUUAUUUGGUAACAACAUGGAACUUGCAAUGUAAGGAUAGUAAGUUUCACUCAUUGACCGUAAGACACAACUCCAACGGAGAAAUUUCCAAACGAAAUAAUCAUAUCUAUAAACUUAAACCACUCUCUAACACGUUAGUUAACUCAAACUUGACUAAUUAUGAUGUCAAUGACUGGGAUGGUUUUAUUGAGUUUGCUAAUGGUGUACCAUCACCACCUUGCGUUGGCUGCUUCCGGUGGACGGAUCAGCGGGACUUCUUUUCGUUCUUCGAGUUCUAGCAGAACCGCCACAUCCUCAUAUUCUAAAAGUUGUAACAUCCCAAGAUCCUCUUAUUCUAGACGUUAUAACACUAAGACCGGUGGCAGCCCAGAAUCAUCUUCUUCUAAGAGUUAUAGCACUCAUAUCAAUAGCCCAGCCCGGCAAGUGUUUGCAGUUGAAUUUAGUCUCCGUGAUUGUUGUAUUAUCAUUGUUACUGUUUUUGCAAUUUACUUGCGAUUAAGACGGUAUGCUGAUGAAAAUCGUGUCGAAAUAAGUGUUCUUAAGCUUCAGGUUGGAUUGUCGGGUAUCGCUAGAUCACUGCAAAAGGAUCUUAAUCAAAUAGCGGAGACAGCUGAUACCUCCACCCCUAAGGGCUUCGGGCAUAUAUUACAAGAGACAACACUAUCCAUGCUUCAACAUCUUGAUUAUUGUAUUUCUGGUUAUUCUUCGGUGGAAGUGAAAAGGGGAGAAGACGAAUGCGAGAAAAGAUUUAAUGAACUUUCUAAAGAAGAAAGGGAUAAAUUUGACGAGGAGACUCUGGUCAACUCCAACAACAUCAGAAAGCAAAGUGUAACAAGUCAUGAGGUGGUAUCCGAUGCAGUCUGUAACAAAUAUAUUGUGGUUACGAUUAUUGUGGCUGCUAGCGGCGCACAUGAACUGCCACCGAUCAAAACGAGGGAACUUGUGAAGAUAGCUUUGCAAAAGCUUGCAUCUAUCCCUUCAAACAAUAUACUGGCAGUUGAGGUGUUAUGGACCCCACAGAAGGAAAAUGAUACUCUUACAGAGCAGAAUAUGCUUCAAGAUUAUCCACUGUUGCAACCUCUUUAGGCGAAGAACAGAAGCAGAAAAUAGAAUCUUAAACUAACUUAUUGAUGUCUGAAAUGGGUCUUUUUAAGCUAUAAAUAUUCGUUAUAUAAAAAAGUUGUAUUUUACAGUAUGUUUUACCAUUACAUGUUAUUAAA